GUAGGGUGUGGUUACUUGACAUGCAUUACUGCUCUUUCAUGCUUACUAUAGGAAGCCUCAUAUUUAAAGCGUGACUAUUUUCAAUCUUUGUUUUUUAACAAUCCCACACCCAGCACUAAAAGACAUAAAAGCUCAUUUAACUACGACAGUGUACGAAAUACAUUAAGGUGACCAAAACUGACCAACAUGGAUGUAACAAACACCUUUGCUGUUUAUGAGCUGGGAGACAAUAAAUAUUCUGAAAAUGACACAGACUACGUUUACGACAACACGCCCAUGGUCUGUGAUGAUGAUGAUGGGAUCGGCCUGCGGGUGUUUCAUGCCGUUUUCCAACCCGUGCUGUACAGCCUGAUCUUCCUGCUGGGUGUAGCAGGAAAUGGCCUGAUGAUAACCAUCCUCCUGCGACGUUGGCGCCGCCUGCGCAUCACAGAGAUCUACCUGCUGCACCUGGCCCUGUCUGACCUCAUGCUCCUUCUCACAAUCCCCUUUGUUAUAGUUGAGAAUGCUGCUGGCUGGCUGUUUGGGGAGUUUCUCUGCAGGCUGAUGGGUCUGGUGCAACACCUAAACCUCUACUGUGGGAGUUUCCUUCUGGCUUGCAUUGGCUUUGAUCGCUAUUUGGCCAUUGUUCAUGCUAUUUCCAGCAUGCAAAGUCGACGUCCGAGAACAGUGCACCUGACAUGCUUUUCAUUGUGGCUGCUCUGUUUGGGGUUAUCGAUACCCAAUGCUGCUUUUCUUUCUGUGGGGGGAAACAACACAAACACACUCUCUUGUUCCCAUCAUCUUCACCUUAUCCAUGCCAACAACUGGGUUUUGACUAAAAGAGUGUUAGAUCAUGUUUGCUUUUUCCUUCCUCUCGCUGUCAUGAGCUAUUGUUACACAGCAGUGGCAGUUACUUUGUGCAACAGUCAGAAAAGCAACGCAAAGCAAAGAGCAAUUCGACUGGCUUUACUCGUCACGCUCGUCUUUUUCUUCUGUUGGCUACCAUACAAUAUCACCUUGCUGAUCACAACUUUGGGCGACCUGGAGGUUAUCAAGUAUGAAAACUGUACUUCUUAUGACCUAGUUCAGCCGGUGCUUGAUGUGACAAAAAGCAUCGGCCUCUUACACUGUUGCCUGAACCCGUUCUUGUAUGCCUUUGUUGGGGUGCGGUUUCGCAAUGAGCUGAUAAAGUUACUGUGUCAGAUGGGCUGCAGCUGGGUUUGUCUUCCUUUCAUGAGAGCUCAGGGUCACAGCCGACCAUCCAUUUCUGAUGGAGGAUUAACUAGCAGCAACAUCCUCAUCUAAUCAACUCUGUGUCAGCUGUUACUAAAACAACUUCUGUUCUGCAGAAUUUCAUUUGUCAUUAUGUAAAA